GCAGGUAACAAUUGCACAAAUGUUGCCUUUCUGAGCUGUCGCAUCAAUUUCAAGAAUGGACUUGCCAAUGAAUUUCUGUGACCGACACCAAGUUCCACCGUGCGUUCCGCUCAGCAAUGACUCAGUGCUGCCGCCUGUUUCCUGUACCUGUCCUGUUUGCCCCCCUUCUACCCCACGUCAAGGGGGGGGGGCGGUCCACCGCCGAUCCCUACAAGGAUUCGCGUGACUUCGGGCCGACGAUGUACGAUACGGUACGACGAACAGCCGCGGUCACCGCGAGGUCGUCUUGGUCAGUGAGCGAACGCUGCUGGACGUCAGUGUCUGGCACGAUGGCGCCCAGGCAGCUGUUGAUGUCCCUGCUGCUGGGGGUGCUGCUGCUGGAGGGCUUGACGUCAGCUACGGCACAAGUGCCUCCAGGUGAGCUGCACUGCAGUAAGGGCGGAGCGUGGUGUCCAACUGGGGAAACGUGCGGAGGGCCCGUCUGCGGCCCCGGGCCACGCUGCUGCAAUGAGGCCGUCGAUUUUCUGCUCCAGAAACCAAUAACUCCUGAGACGUCGUCUUCGCUGCCUGUCGACGUCCUGAUUCCGCCUUCAGAAGAAACGCCGCCGGAGCCUCCCCUCAGCCCUUCAACCGAGUCUCCAGCUUCCCCUUCCACCACCCCACCAGGAGACGCGGUGAUUGGGGAUCCCCUGGACUCCCAGUCGAGACCCAGUCGUCGCCGGCGACCCGAGUCAUCCCCCGACUCUCGCCCCAGCUCCCCCUCCCCCGAUCGUCCGUCGAGACCCUCUCGUCGCCGAAGGCCGGAGUCGGGACCGGAGGCACCCACUGACCCCUCGGAGGGGGGUCAGUCGCGACCGGGCCGCCGCCGGAGGCCCUCUUCAGGACGUCCGGGCCCCUCGGGACCGUCCGAGCCGGAACAGCAGUCUUCUCGUGGCCGAAGGCGGUGCCGACCCGGAACGAAAUGUCCCGACAACUUCCCUUGCGAACAGGGCGGCUCGGCCUGUCCCUCGGGUCAGACCUGCGGAGGCGAGUGCGGUCCCAACACCUGCUGCAGGCGCCGUUCUUCUCAGUGCGGUGAGGGCGGUGAUGUCUGCCCCAGCGGGUUCACCUGCGGCCCAUGUCCUCUGCCGGGAGGGGCCUGCUGCUUCCCCAGCUGUGACCGUCCGGACGCCUACAUAGCCGAGCCGUGCGGAGUGGAGGGUAUCUGUCUGCCCUGUGAGGCCGCCAGCGAGCGACUCUGCUGUCGGCGUCAACCCAACACCUUAGAGGACUGCCGUCGCCACUGUCGCCGUGAGAGGGGCAAGGAGUGCUACCUGUUUGGGUGUCCCAAGGGAGCGGGCUGGUGCUGCCGUAACCCCACCCCGCUGUAGGGAGAGGACGGCCGCUGAUAUCCGUAUGAAGGACCCCAGAACGGGAAUGAUACGACGUGGCUACGCAUCUACCGCGACUUCAUUCUCCAUCUCCUCUUCCUGACACACCCACACUUCGGGUUGUUCUUGCGCCCAUCGCGACUUUACUUCAUAACUUACAUAAUCUGACUAUGCAUUCGCCGUUAUUUGAACUGGCACCUAUCGUUGCAUGACCCCAACCGUGACCCGACACCCGCCUAUCAUGACCUGACCCCCCCCCCCCCCGGCCCGCGAGGUGAACUUCAUCAUUUCAUUCCUGUUUUAUUCCAGACGAGUUUCCGCGAAAAGCGGCCGAUCCUCGAGUCCUUUCUCGUCUGGCAAUGCAUUAUCAUUGUUUGUUAUCAUGGAAUGUACUGAUGUAAUACAUGCUGGUCAAAUACAUUUGAAUGAAAACUA